AUGCCGCUAUCGGGAGGACAGGAAUUGAGUUUGAGGCAUUUGCCAGAUGUGUCGGACAUCGAUGCAUCUUUCUCCUUCCAAAUCCCCGUUCCAGCUCGGGAAGAUUACCUUCUAGCGGACGACGGUGAUGACGACUUCUUCAAGGGUGUUAACGACGUUCUUGCCACCCCCGUCGCCCUGUCUAGACCUACCCAACACGAACCACUUACCCUCAGCCAACUCACGCCUAGACCAUCAGAAACUCACCGCUCAAUUCAUCUCCGUUCACCGCUUCCUUCAUUACCAUCUCUGUCACGGAAUUUAUCCCAUAAACCCAGAUUGAACGAGGAGACCCAGGACCUUCCCAUGCUGGUCAAGGGGGUGACAUCAGCGCGGCCAAAGGCGAUCAAGAAGCCAGCACUUCGCCUCCUUCCUAACGAAGGGUCGCCCGCUGGUGCACGUCUAGACAGCCUCAGGGCCGAGGUAGAUUUGCUGGCUGAAGGCUUAGGAACGGGCACAUCAACCUCAAAAUUGGCGCCACCCCUUCAAUCGCGUCUGCGAAGUCCGAAAGGAUCGAAGCGUCAAUCAAUCGACAAAGGGGAACCGCAGUCGCUGCGAAAGAGACGUAGAAAGGAAGUGGCCGUGCCAGGCAAGCAGACUGUGAUCUCAGGAGCAAUAACGAAGGCCCGAAAGCACAAAUCUAUCUUACCGCCAUCAGUAAUAACUUCUACUCAAAGUGCCUUCGUUUCUACUUCACCAUCAGAUUCAUCGGCCCAGCCAACGCACAUCCCAGAACCAAAUGGAGAUCUAGGCGAUGUAACUGCCGACACCAGCAUGGACUCCGUCGCUCUAGGCGGGGUUGCGGAGCGACUAUUGAUGUACAGCCAGAAACUUAUCAGCUCCUUUGGACUCUCCAAUGCGAACCAAUUUUCGGGGCCAGGACACGAUCCAGAGCCGCCGAUGCCUAGCCACGCUCCCACAGAGGAGAUCUCGAGUGCCAUCACCGGCGCAGGGAACGAAUUCAGCGAAGACCACAACAAAUCAUUGACGGUAUCGCAGCUUUCCCCUCAAAAACCUACAUCUUUACAAGAGCCCAAAUUCCCUUCGGCCGCUGCCCCGAUGUCACCACUUCGGCCGUCAAGCAAGAGACCGGCAUCAGCACAGGCGCACUUAGAUCAAGGCCGGAAAAAAGUUAGAAGUGUGUCAUCGCGAGCUGGUAAUACAUCAAACUCGACUGUUAAGGAGCCCUUGGCAUCGUUGCGCGCGCGGCCAUCGCACCAAGAGCUGCGGCCUGAGGCCUCAGGUUCUGGUUCUAGGUUCAAAGGGACAAGGGCCCGCGAAGAGACAAUCACAAAGGCCAGGCCGAUCAGGGCGAAACGAAAGCGCUUACCACCGGUCACCAAACCUGGCGAUAAGAUAGAGGCAAAGACGAGAUCAAAUCCAAAAACCUCGACAGACGCAGUUCCAACUGAUUCGCGAAAAUUGCGUCAGGGCACCACGGUGGUGGGCAAUUCCGUUGAGGUGCAGGGUAAGAGCAGUACAGGGCCUUCAUUACACUCAGAAGGGAGUCAGAUCCGUUUCUCAGCGACAACCUCUUUGUCCGGCGAACAUGUUGCGAGUCGCCCUGCAAACGCCACCAGGCCCACGGCCUUCACGUUUCACUCUGAUGCGAGGCUAGAAGCGCGUUGGAGUAAACUCGAUAAUGAAGAUUCAAAGAAACUUUCAUCGUCGUCACAAAAAGAACGCACGCAACAACUCGAUAAUGAUAAGCAACAUCGGCAGGGCGUAUCUAUCCCCGAUUUUAGAACUAUACACGCUGCUCAAGAAGCAGAGUUUGCCCUGCGGAAGGAGAAUAUUUGCCCGACCGUGCCGCUGCCCAUGAGGUUUGAGACGGAUUUCAGGGUGAAGGAGCGGCAAAAGUUUGAUGAGAGGGUGAGAGAGAAGGAGAGGGAGAGGGAGGUGGAAAGGGAGCAGCGGCGGAGGGAACGUGAAGAGCAGGAGGAGAAAGAAGUUCGAGAGUUACGGAAGAGAGCUGUGCCGAAGGCGCAUGAGGUGCCGGAGUGGUACAAAGAAGCACCCAGGAGACGGGAAAGGGAAGAAAGGGAAACAUGA